GUGUGAUGAAGUUCAGAUGCGCGCCGUUGUUCCGUACGCGCGUCACCGGCGCACAGAGGAGCUUCCCCGACGCGAGGGUGGAGGGAUGGAGAGAUGUGUGGAUCACGACCAUAGGAGGCUUUUCAAUGUGACAUUAAACCUCGCUUAAUUAUACUUUUACAGGAUAUGUUUGCAGCCUUUGUAUGAGCUCUAACCCGGCUGCUCUGCUUUCUGAGAUCCAGAAAUUCGCCUUUUUUUUCUCGCGUCCGUCUCCCAGUUGAGAAGCUUCCAGGGCUACGUGGACCGUAAAAAAAACCUCUGCUCGGUUUUCUCACGGUCAUGUUGUAGUUUACUCGUUUUGAUCCAGGAAAUGUUGGCAUGGCCGCCUCGGGAGCACAGAAGUGUCCGAAGAAUGAGAAGUUGGACGAGGCGCAGGCUUUGGCCAAGAGCUGUGCGGGGAGACCAGACUUCCUGCCUUGUGAUGGACUCUCCAUCUGCGCUACACACAGCCACGGGAAGUGCUUCAAGCUGCACUGGUGCUGUCACUUGGGCUGGUGUCACUGCAAGUAUGUUUACCAGCCCAUGACCAAUGUGUGCCAGCUGCCCAGCACAGCCGUGCCACCUGCAGGGACAGAGUACAGUAACACCAUGGACCUGUCCCUCUCUCUGGCCGAGCGCUUCCUGAAGCUCGCCCCCUGCUUCCAGUCCCCACCUCACCUGGAGUCGCCCAAGUACUGCGUCAUCGCGGAUCUAUUUGUGGACGACUACAUUGUCAAACGCAUUAACGGAAAGAUGUGCUACGUGCAGCGCCCCCCGCCUCCCAUACCAGAACCACCUCAUCCUCCUACCCCUCCCCCACCUGCUCUCUCUGCACCUCAGAUGCCCCAAAUUCCCACUCAGCCUCGGCAACCAGUGAAGCCCACGCCGCCAACCCAACACACACCUGCACCCACACCUGUGCAGCCAGUCCAGCAGGUGUACAGUGAACACAAACACCCCUCCCCCGUGGAUAAGAUAAAAGGCCCCAAAAUGGACCACUGCUCCUCUCCGUCCAGUUCCGAGGACUCCGGCAUCAACGCGCUGGGUCUGCACUACUUGGAGUCCUGCGAGGAGGAGAGUGAGGAGGAGGAGGAGGACGACGAGUUGAGCACAGAUGGGAACUCCAGCCCCGGCAGCCUCUGGGAUCAGGAUGACUGUUCUCUGCUCUCCCCCUCCAAGUCUAUGAUAGAGAUCAUUGAAAAGAUCGAAACAACUGUGUAACUGACACAAUGUCAACACGGAUGCCAGCUGUGAGGGAGCAUGAACUACAGAGCAGCAUCAUAUUACAGAGAAUAACAUUCAAGGAUUUAUUCUACAUGGACCAAGAGGACACAAACCAGUCUCCAACGCUUCAGCAGGGUUUUGCUGAGCUGUUUGGAGUUGAAUUUGUUUUUCCUGCAGGUGGCCGAGGACUGUACGUCUGCACUCACACACAGCCUCUCCUCUGUCCACAUCCCCUGCAUGGAGUGAAUUUCUAGAACUUAUUACGAUACAGGAGAAAAAGGAAGCACAGGAAUACCAAGCACAUGCACAAAGGACCAAAUGGACCGGUUACCUCUACAUGGUAAUUAUACAGUGAAAAGUCUGAAAUAUAAAAGGAACCUAUAGUAGGUGCACUUCCAUCAGAGGAAAGACUUUUUUUCUGAGACUUCUCUUUAGGUAUAUACUACUGGAGCUAAAUUAUAGAUGAACAAGGUGGUAUAAGUAGGUUUUGUGAUGAUAAUGAGCAGUUAGGUAAUUCUUAGUGUUCUCCAGUCGUCAAUCUGGCAGUCAGACUUAAUACUAAUUCAACAUUUAAGUGGCAGAUAAGCCUGACAUUUCUUGUUCUCCGGUCAGUGGCUCCACCCACACAUAUUAGUAAUUCUGACACUUCAGCAUAAUAAGUACAAGGCCAGCUACCUCUCAUGGGCCUAAAGCACAUCAGCCUUUUAACCCGUUAAUUACUCAGCUCUGAGCUGCAGGGAGACACCUGCUUUUGUCACAUUAAUAACACAGUUUGUCUGCACUUUACUGACACCAACACGAGCGGUAGGCAGGUAGGUAGUUCAGUGUUCGACAAUCAAGAAUUACACAGAAGCACAUUCCUAUACUGUACCUGCCAGCACGAACCAAUGAUAGUCUUAUAGCUUCUAAAACCAUUUAUCAGACAUUAACACAUUGUUCUGACCACCUUUUUCUGGUCAAGCUGCACUGACCUGCAGUGCUCUUUAAGGAUUAAAUGGGACAUUAAGCAAAACAUGACUUGUGUUGACCUCCAUUAGCAGCCAAGAAAUUAAAUAGAAUGGAUGUUUCCCUGGCAGAGCUACAUUGACAGAAGUAGGAGUCACGUUGUCACAGCAGAAACUUGUAAAACACCUAGUGAAGAGGGAAUAUAUCCAAUAUAUAUACACAUAAACUUAUAUAAUAAUAAAACUGCAUUGUUAUUUGCUUUUUGGGCUUGACGAUGAAAUUGCUUGUGCUGAAAGGGGAGUCUGGCAAAGGUGUGCAGGCUAGGCUAGACUAAUAGGUCACAGUUAUUUUGUGUUAGGGGGCAGAAAAAUGUCACUUAAUGCACCUUUAAAAGGAGAUUACAGUAUGGGAUAGGAUGCUGAAUAGGUGUUGUGAUGUUGUGAUGGACAUGAUAUUAUAAGAAAUACACUCAAAUAUAAAAUUAGUGAGACAGCCCUUUAUUAGUCAGUUAAUAAAAUGAAGAUGGGCUGGGUCUUUUUAAUUUAUUUUUUUUAUUUUUUGGAGAGUUAUCUGGAAAGAAUCACUAAGAUAUUCACAAAUAUGUAUUGCUACAAUGCUAUGUAAAAAAAAAAGAAGUCAUUUUGCAUGACUGCGUUUCAUCAAGUCCCUCAUGUCAAAAACCAAUUUGACAUAUUUGUAAUUCGAAGUGUUCAAAGAGCGAACAAAUCCUGUAUUUGUUAUUCAAAUAAAAUAUUUUUUAUUCAGGGACAGCCCUUUACAUUACACUGAACACAGUCCCCCCUUAAUGCAGUUUAAAAACAUGUCUUUUUGUUCUUAUUAUUGUUAUAUUAUUUUCAUAUGAAUAAAUCUUAAUGAAACUCA